UGCUCCUACCUGCAAUCUUCCUCUCCCACACACAGAGAGAUAGCAGGGUGUAGUGGAACAGUACCUCUGCCUGCCAUGAAGAUAACAGGGCUUUUUGUGAGGGCGGCUCUAGCCCUUUGCUGCUUCUUAGGUAUUGCCUUUGGAGUUGAGAUUGAUUGCACCCAGUAUUCCAGUGGCAUCAGCAAGGAUGGGACGGCCUGGGUAGCUUGCCCGAGGAACUUGAAGCCAGUCUGCGGCACUGAUGGCAUCACAUACAGCAACGAGUGUGGGAUCUGCUUCCACAACAGGAAACAGGGAGCCAGUGUGGAGAAGGCACAUGAUGGAGAAUGCAUGCUGAAAUCUAUUACAAUCGAUUGCAGUAAGCACCAAAAAGUUGUAAUAGAUGAUCACGUCAUGGUAGCAUGCCCAAGGAUACUGAAACCAGUCUGUGGCUCAGAUAGUUUCACUUAUGACAACGAAUGUGGGAUUUGUGCCUAUAAUGCAGAACAUCACACCAACAUUAGCAAGUUAUAUGAUGGAGAAUGCAAGCAGGACUUUGCCCCUAUUGACUGCAGUAAGUACCCAACAGAAACCACUGAAGAUGGCAAAGUAUUAAUAUCCUGUCCAGACAUCCUGCGUCCAGUUUGCGGCACAGAUGGCGUUACAUAUGAUAAUGAAUGUGGGAUCUGUGCCCACAAUGAACAACAGAGCACCCAUGUUGGCAAAAAGCAUAAUGGAAAAUGCAGACAGGAGGCUUCCGAGAUUGAUUGCAGUCAAUACCCAUCAGGAAUGAUUAAGGGUGGUAAAUCCCACAUAUAUUGUCCGAGGAUCCUGCUCCCAGUCUGUGGCACAGAUGGAUUCACUUAUGAUAACGAAUGCGGCAUCUGUGCCCAUAACCUAAAACAUGGGACUGACAUUAAGAAAAGCCAUGAAGGAAGAUGCAAGAAGGAAACUGUGUCUGUUGACUGCAGCACAUACCUGAGCAAUACCAAAACUGGCGAAGCCAUCCCAGCCUGCCCCUUCGUCCUGCAAGAGAUCUGUGGGACAGACGGUGUCACCUACAGCAAUGACUGUGCGCUGUGUGCCCAUAACAUUGAAUUUGGAACCAGUGUUGCCAAGAAGCAUGAUGGAAGGUGCAUAGAGGAAGUUCCCCAAUUUGACUGCAGCCAGUACCAAACAUCUCUGGUGGAGGGCAGCAAACAGCUGAUGGUCUGCACAAUGAUCUAUGAUCCUGUCUGUGGUACCGAUGGUGUCACCUAUGCCAGCGAGUGUACACUGUGUGCCCACAACCUGGAGCAUCGCACCAAUGUUGGCAAAAGAAAGAGCGGACGCUGUGAAGAGGAUGUUACAAAAGAGUAUUGCAAGGACUUCCAAGAAAUCUCUUCUUUCUGCACCAUGGAAUAUAUGCCCCACUGCGGCUCUGAUGGCGAAACAUAUGGCAACAGAUGUGUUUUCUGCAAUGCCUACCUGAAAAGCAAUAGGACUCUCAACCUUGUGAGUAUGACUGAAUGUUAAGUCUGCACUGGAGUCCAGCCCAGGAAGACAAGCUCCCUUGCAUGUGACUUCCCAUGGGCUGAUCUUCCCCAGCAACUUUCCUUCAGUUUGUCUCAUUUCCUUAGCUACUGAAACACUUAUUCAAUAAACUCAUUUGGCAAUGUU